AGUAAGAGCAGAACUUUCUUGUCCCUCUGUCCCCAUUUCUCCUUCAACAAAUUGCAGUGCCUGCCAUUUUUGGUUUUGGGUCUCAGAGAAACCCUAUCGCAGAAGAAGCUUCUUAUCAAAAAGCAGGGGCCACCAUAUUGAAUUCGAAUCUUCGAAAUCUCGAACCAGGUUAAAGUUAUGGCAAUGAACCAUGUCAGAUUGAUUAGAAGCAUUGCCAUUACCAGGGAGGCAAUGGGGUUGGUAAGCCGACGAACAUAUUCUAGUGGUAAAGCAAAGAAGGGAUCUAAAGGGAGUGCAGCCAGUGAUGCACCAAAAGAAUCAAUUCUUAGCAAAGAAGUCAAGUCUACUACAGUGGUUGGUGCUAAUAUCCUCAAGGAUGGGGCAGAUCCCAAGAUCCUACCUGAUUCUGAAUACCCCGAUUGGCUAUGGCAUUUGAUCGAUAAAAAAACAGCAUUGAGUGAAUUAAGGAGGAAGAAAACUGAAACCCUCCCUUAUGAAGAUCUCAAACGCUUUGUUAAGCUGGACAACCGAGCAAGGAUCAAGGAAAACAACUCCCUUAAGGCCAAGAACUAAAUUAAAAUCUGUUAGAGGCAUCAUUUAUUUGUCAAGUCUGGUUCAUUUUCAUCUUCUGGGAUUCUUUUGGGUGAUUGAUUUGCAUGUGUGGAAAUGAUCAAAUGGGAUUGGAACAGAGAAGAAAUGAUUUAGAAUUUCUCUGUAGCUUUGAACACUUUUUCUUCACUUUUUAGAUUUAUCAUGUUUAAUGAUGCAGAAAAGAUUUGAUAUGUUGUCACUAGCAUUGUGGCAUAGCCCUACCAUGGCAUUAUCUUUUGCUUAACAUUAUAAUUGGACUAGGUUGUACAGUCACUUUGUACUUUUUUUUUUUUUGACCCUGAGUUCCUAUUAAUUUCCCUCAUUGUAGGGAUUUGUUGUUCA